UUCAGGAUCGCCUGGGGGUCUUUGUGACUUCAUGACCUCCGUGUGAAGAGGACGAAAGCUGUGGCCAUUCGUGUGACUGCACUUCUCACGAAGAGAUCCCAUGAGCUCGGGGUUUGGGCUGGACCUACCCCUUUAGCCCAGCCCAUUAGCAAUGCUGACUUCAUCGUUCCGGUUGAAAUCGAUGGAACCAUACACCAGGUAUACGUGCUGAAGCGCCCACACGUGGACGAGUUCCUCCAGAGAAUGGGGCAGCUCUUUGAAUGUGUGCUUUUUACUGCCAGUUUGGCCAAGUACGCAGACCCUGUGGCCGACCUCCUGGACCGCUGGGGCGUGUUCCGGGCCCGACUCUUCAGGGAAUCCUGUGUUUUCCAUCGUGGGAACUACGUGAAGGACCUGAGCCGCCUGGGACGGGAGCUGAGCAAAGUGAUCAUCGUGGACAAUUCUCCUGCCUCCUACAUCUUCCAUCCGGAGAAUGCAGUGCCUGUGCAGUCCUGGUUUGAUGACAUGACGGACACGGAGCUGCUGGACCUCAUCCCGUUCUUCGAGGGCCUGAGCAGGGAGGACGAUGUAUACAGCAUGCUGCACAGACUCUGCAGCAGGUAGCCCCAGCCUCGGGGUCUUGGGGGCCUCGGCCGUCCCCACCUGUGCACUCCGGAGCCCCUGACUCAAGGGACCCUCCCAGCCUCAGCUCCUUGAGAGCAGCCUGAGAAGACUCCGUGCUCUGGGCCACAGGGUGAAUGUCGCCAUGCCUACCUGUUUUGUUUUGUUUUGUUUUUAAAGAACAGAAGCAACUAUUUUAAAGAAAAAAAAAAACUCUUUUAAUAGAUUUCAUAAAAGGACGUGCAUUUUACCAGAUUCGAUUUUCUUAAAACAUACCAAAAAGGAAAAAAAAAAAAAAACCUUGGUAUCUUUCAGAUGUCCUUUCAACUGUCCUCCCUCUAAGAGACAGCCUCUCCUCUUUGUCCCCGGUUUGGAGCAGCUGGCCCAACCCAGAAUCUCCUUCCUACAGGAUGAAGUGCCUUUUUGAAUGUUAUUUUAAGCUGAGAGUUAAUUUUUGUAUACAACCUAUUUCCAGACAUCUUUUAGUCUUUUACUGUCUUAGAUACCCUAAGACGACAAAUAGGACAAUUUCUAGAACCUGGUAGCCUGUGUGUUGUGGGGUGAGGGUAUGGACAGGGCGGAAGCGGGCCACAGGAGCCUGCCUCCCAACAGGUGCAACUGUGUGUCAGCCUGUGGCAUGCGCAGGGUCCCACUCCCUCUGACUGGGGUUUUCUCCUGAUUGUCACUGUCCCCACUCGUUUCUGGCCAACCCAGAAUGUACCUGCCAAUGGCCUGAUGCUUUAUGAAACAUCCAAUUCCUUUAUUAUGAUUUCUGAUGUUGAUAAAGUUUGUCCUAAGAUUGCGUUUCCCCUCGAACGGUGACAUGAACGGUGACGUUACGUCACUCUGCUUUCCUACAACUGUCACGCCUGUCCACUGUUUUUCUGUUGCCACGGUUUGAGGAGAAUAGUUACAGAAAACCCUAAAACCCUUGGAUUGUCCAGUCUGUCCUUUGGGAAGCUGGGUACAAGUGGAGCUGUUGAGGACUUUGCUGCUACUGCAAUGCCACCAAAUGGAACUGACCAGCGGCUGCUACACUGUUUUUUGCCACCGUGCCUAUGUUCAGAAUACGCUCACCGCUAAACUGCAGACUUGGACAGGGUCAGAAACAGGUGUCCCGCCCCAUCGAGCCCGGCACCAACUGUCUCCCUUCCUUGGCCCUGGCCACCAAGAAUGCUGAAGGGCACAAAGGUUUUUUAAAAACGAAAAAUAAACAAAGGGCCAGAGCACCGCUCAGGUGUGGCAUUCCCUUCUCACCGCAGUCAACACCAGAGCCUGUGGCAGAGCUCUCCAGUCUCGCUUGAGAACCCGUGGCCUCAACCAGCCCAACACCACUCUGGUGUGGCCCGAGUUCAUCUCAGCCUCUUUGGAAGCACAGCCUCUUCCAGCCAAGGGUUAGAGAAGCCUGUCUAGAUGGGAGACUCACUGCUCCAAACCGGGGAGAAGGGCUCCUCCCUGGAGCCCGGCUGGGGGCCUCUUUCCUGGGGUUCCCAGUUUGGUGUUUAGCAGUGCUGUGUUUCGUCCUAAGAAUGAAGAGAGUCCUUUUGUGUCAGCACCAUUGCCUUAGUCCUCUGUGGGUUGGGCCUCAGCCGGAUUUCUGCUGGGAGUUGUUGGCACUAACAAGACUCAAAAAUCAGGGGUCAAACUUAAAAAAGAAAAAAAAAUUUUUUUCUUUCACAAAAUAAAUGAAGCCAGCUACUACCUGGCCUAUCUUCCCACAGUGCUUUGGUCUGGGAAACCACUGUGCAUUCAGAACAGACGUAGGCAGGGAUCAUCAGAUCUCCUGACUUUCUGAGUGUUCCAAACCCAGUAAUCCCUGUGCCAAUCACAGUAGAAACUGCCCCUUUGCUAAGCAUGGCCACAGAUAGCAACAGUCACAUGGCAGAUCCGCAUACGCCAUAAACCCUCAUGGAAACCAGUCAUUAGCCAAUCCCGCUGCCUUAAGUGUCUUGGGUGUUGCAGUGUCUGCUGUGUGUUGAUUCCCACACAGAACAAGGCCUGGAUGAGAACCUCAGAUCAUCGCCUGUGCCUCUUGCUCUGCCAGUGUCUCGGGCCUUAUUUGGAAAGGGGGACAGAAUGGACUGAAAUUCCAGAAUAUUUCAGAGGAAGGGAGCCUAGAAAUAGUGCUUCGCUUCAGAUGUGUUCGAGGCUGACCUUGACCUCAGAGUUCUGGAGCUGCAUGUGUUUGUGCUCUCGGAGCACAGCUUCCAGGUGGGGAGCCUGUUCUUGCCACCACAAACUUGGAAUGUCUCGGGUGGGCAGCAGGACCUCUGAGGGUUCUGAAAUCCACACCUUAUUUGACCAAACUCCAAAAUGCCAAUUUUUCUUUCUUUAAAAAAAAAAAAAAGUCUGCUUUAUGUACAUAAUUGCAAAAAAAAAUCUAUAUUUUUUAAUCAGUUACUUGUAAAUGAAGCAAUAGAAUUCUAACAAGGCCAAGAAAGGAGACGAGUGUGUGAGGUUUAUUUUCUUAAGGUGAAUACGGGUAUUGCUUUUAUUUUAGUUUGUUAAAGUGUGGGCUUGAAAACUUAGCAGCCACUUCUGUGUGCCAUAUUUCUUCCCACCUUACCAAAACACUCCAUCUCCUUAGCCAAAAGAAACAUCUGACCUCCUGCGUCCUGUGGUCCCCUGGGCUCCACGUCAGGACCACCGUCCUAGACAAGUGCUUUUGACGUGAAGGUCUGCAACAGGACGGCUUGGAACCGUGGGCUCCAGCCUACACUGUUUGCAUGACCUCGAGUGCGACUUCCUGGGCACCCCGACCCUGGUGAUGUUAGUGCUCCGUCUUCCAUUUGCUCUGGAACCCUUCAUGUUGGUCUGUGGCUUCCUGCACUAGCUGUUUGUAGACAAUGUGUUUGUGUCCUAAUAACACCGCCUGUCACCAAUGGCAGUUGACAGGGAUCCCUUUGAGACGGUGCAGUGUGGAUGAGAUUGGGGGACAUGAGGAUGUCCACAUGACACUAGCGCGUCGUGGUUACAGCAUGUGAAGCUGGGUACGAAAUGAAACCUGUAAGUGUGUAUAGCCUGGUGGCUUUUUAUAGCCCUGCUUUUCUAAAAAAAUAAAAAUAAAAUCGGCUUUCUAAUAAAAUCUAGAAACACACAGCCCUGUUGGUCAAACACUCGUGACGUUUGUGCCUCUGCUUCUAAUGGUGCUGUGCUGGACAGCUGGCAUGCCAGGGGUUGAGAAGAGCAGGUGACGGCGUACUGUGCACACAGUUUCCUGCGGAUGGCCUCCUGUGCCCGAGCACAGUUCCCUGUGCAAACUUGCUGGCUGCCUCUGCUCCUGUCUUACUCUCAAUCCGACCAUGUCCUAUCCCUGGAGCUACCCUGAGGACGGGUACCCAGCAGUGGUGAUAUUGGUGUUGGGGAAGUCUUGUUUUUCUGCUGGGUGUUUGAAUGUGAUAAUCCCGCGCUGCUUGGGAAAUACUACAUGUGGGAUGUGCACGUUUCUGGGGGCAAUAUUGUCGAUCAGUGACUUCCCUCUUGCCAAAAAUAAACUCAUGAAGCUGCACUGUUUUGUGGUUGGCCUGCUUCUCCAGAUGUA